GAUCGUUGCAGCCGCGAAGCGCUUCCCACUACCGUGUUCAUUUGCCAGAAUCACCUGAAACUCAAAUCUCUCCUUCAAGCGACCGGGACUUCCAUGACUUCUCCGUUAAUCUUCGCUUCUCCGUAGUGUUUUUCUUUUCUUUUUUGUUCUUUUGCUUCUUUCUUUUCAUAUCAUUGUUUUGUUUUGUGGUGAAAAUUUCUUCAAUGUCGUUUCUAUCACCAACAUAUUUCUCUAAUCCUUUCUGACUGGACCCUGUUCAUGCGGUUUGAUGUCGGACACGGAGUCUCGCCGGGAAAUGGUGGCCGCCAGACGGCCUUCCUUCUAUACUUUCUAUUCCUCCACUCUUUGUUCAGAACGACUGAAAGUUCCUUUGAAAUUUGUCAAACACUUGGAAGAAAUAAUAGGCCGAUCAGUUGUGUUAAUUGGUCCUAGUGGCCAAACAUGGCUCGUUAACUUGAUCCAGGAGAAUGACAACUUGUUCUUCUGUGAAGGAUGGCCAACUUUUGCACGAGAUCACGCUCUAGAAUGUGGUGAUUUUUUGGUUUUUAGAUAUGAUAGCGAGUUGAAUUUCAAUGUGCGAGUUUUUGAUCAGAGUGCAUGUGAGAAAGAAGGUGCAUUUCAUUCUCAAUGCAGACAAGAUAAGACUGGCCAUAAAAGAGACAGGGAGGAGGAUCAUUCAUCCCGGGAGACAUGCGAGGAAGAUGUGACAAAGAAAACGAGGACCAUUUCUGAUGUAAAUUCAGAUUGCAGCAGGGAGAACCUACCGUCAAUAAGAGCUGUUGAGGAUCAUAAGAGUGUAGCUGGUCAGAAUGGGAUCAGUAAAGUUGUUGACAUAACUACACACGAUAAAAUUCCAGCCUUACCACUAUCAUUUCAGGAUGAAAAGAAAGUUUCCCAGUCUUUUAGCUCCGACUUUCCAUAUUUUGUGAGAAUCAUGAAAAGCUUCAACAUUCGUGGUUCAUACACAUUGAAUAUCCCUUACAAAUUUUCAAUGGCACAUCUUCCUAGCUGCAAAUUAAAGUUAGUCCUUCACAAUUUGAAGGGGGAAUCCUGGACAGUGAAUUCUGUUCCUACAACGAGAGUGCAUACAAGUCAUACUCUCUGUGGAGGAUGGAUGGCCUUUGUGCGUGGGAAUGACAUCAACAUGGGUGAUAUUUGUGUUUUUGAACUUGUCCGGGAUUGUGAAUUGCGUGUUCACAUCUUCAGGGUUGGAAAGGAAAUAUCUGAGGAUCAAAGUGGAAAUGGAUCUUUUAAUAGGCUAGGUGCUGGCCAUGCAGUAAUUCCUCGUAAAGCUCUCAAAGGUUUGCCAAAGAAAAUGAAUGGGAACUCCCAUAAAGUUCAUUCGAAACGCUCCAAAAGGAUUGAAGUACUGGAUAAAAAAUGUUUGAAAUCAUGGCAAGAACCUUUCUGCAAUGAUGCUAAGAAACAUUCUAGUGCAAAAAAGGUCUCUACUAAAGUCAUGGUUUGUUCUCCAUCAAAGAAACCGUCUAAACGUUUGGUUAAUCGGAGAACCAGUGUCAAAGGUGAUCUCAUAUUACCAGCUAGACCUGGUUUGCGAGCAAUGUUGGCUCGAGAUGAAGAAAGGGCCGCUAAGUCGUUUGUUUCUUGUUUUCCAAGUUUUGUCAGAAUCAUGAAAAAGUUCAACACAAGUGGUUCAUAUACUCUGAAAAUCCCUCAUCAGUUUUCUUCAGCACAUUUCCCUAACAGCAGAACCGAGAUUGUCCUUCGUGGUCCAAAUGGGGGAUGUUGGAUUGUUAACUCAGUACCGGACUCAAUGGGGCGAAUGAUGCAUACCUUUUGUGGUGGUUGGAUGUCGUUUGUUCGUGACAAUGGUAUCCAAAUGGGGGAUAUCUGCAUAUUCGAACUUGUGGGCAAGUGUGAAUUGUUUGUACAUGUAACCGGAGCCGGUAAGAAAGGGUUUGAGAGCAGUGAAGCUACAACUUGUAGUGAAUUAGCUAUUGUACCAACGACAAGCAAUCAUCCUUCUCUAUAAGGUCAUCGGGCCAUCCUUUUCCCCCUAAAUUCUCAUUGGGGCUGAGGAGUCUCGAUCAUUACCCGACUCAGACCAAGCUUUGUAAACUCUAACCUUUUACAAGUCAUGAAAGGUACAAUCCGAUUCCCACAUUGUGCUGUUUACUUAAAUGGAACUAGUAAAUAUGUUCUUAUUCUGCCAGUUUUUGGAACUCAAGAACACAAUUGUACAAUAACAGAUUCAGAUUCUGUUCAA